AUGUCUAAUUACUACAAAAUUUUGGGUAUCGCAAAAAAUGCUACUCGGAGUGAGAUUAGGAAGGCCUAUUUACAAAAGGCAAAGCAGUACCACCCCGAUCUAAAUCACAGUCCAGAUUCUCUCCCAAAAUUCAAACAAAUACAGGAGGCAUAUCAGAUUUUAUAUGACCAAAACUCCCGUAGCCAAUAUGAUUCGUCACUAAAUAAUCGGUCAAGUAAUUAUGGCCAUAGCUCAUAUUCUUCUAGUGGAUAUUCUGACAAUUAUGGUCAAUAUGGUACCCAGCACAAUAGUUUUAAAGACCAAUUUAGAGCUGAAACUGAGCAUUUGCAUCGUCAAUGGAGGGAUAUGGAACAGGAACGACUCAGGAGAGCAACCGAAGAAAACUUUCAUUCUAAUAACCAACAGAGCCUAAAUGAGAUUCUUAAUGACAUUUUUAAAGUGCUAGCACUCAACACUUUCAUUGGGAACAGAUUUAAGUUCUUCAUUUACAUUAUAUUGCGCAUGUUGCCUGCAAUGGCUAUGCCAUUAUUUUUUUUACUGGUGUUAAUUGGUCAAUUCAAGUCAUUUGACGGGGAGAGAAUGACAAUUGUAUACGAUUCAUAUGGCAGGGCUUAUAUUAUGGAUUCCGAAGGUAGAAGGAGGAGAAUACCGUCACUGGAUAAACAUUUAUGA